GGUCGCACUUUUUCUCUGCUGGACGUUACGGGUCCUGUUUUUGGACCUCAAGACAAUCUAUAUGGUGUGGGCAUGCUUGGUUUCUAUCCACGGUUGUUGUGAGAGCUCGCAGUCCCCGGGGUCUUGUAUUGUGGUGGUCCCUCUUCUUCGCCGCUCUCUCUCUACUUCUCCUCCUCCUUCGUUCUGCUGCAACAUUCACUGCAUUGUAAACGUUUGUACGCCACCAAGCGCGGGUUAGGAGUUCGGUGUCUAGUUUUGUUAGGCACUGAGUUUUGAUACAGAAUUGUCGCUGUUGAACUUGUCUUUAGAUGGCUGUUUUUGCUCUUCGUAUUACCAUGUCGAUGAGGACUUCUGUUUGUGUUGUGGUGUUGUUCUUCACUCUGCUAGUUGGACAAACCAGUGCGCAGUGGCCCACGGGUGCCCCGACUUACGCUCCCAAGUUGGCUCCGGUGUACUCUCCACCAGAAUAUGCUCCCGAGACAACACCCGUGCAGUCUCCCGUGGGUGCUCCUGCGGAGACACCUGCAGUGGUUCCAGUCGCACCCCCAGCUUCCACUCCUGAGCCGAGCCCCGUAGAGGCACCCACCAACGCUCCCGAGCCUUCAGUACCGGCUCCUGAACCCAGCCCAAGCACAUCCAGUGCUUCCAGAAAUUCGGCCGCGCUCGCCAGCGUUCUGUGCAUGAGUCUCGCAGCAUUUGUGCUCCACUGACGACGACACUAAAAUUGAAAUACCUAGGUCGCGAUCACGCAAUGCACAAGCUGUACAGCAUAUGGAUUUAGGACAACGCAGCGGGGAUUCUGUAACGUAUUGUUUUCUUGGCAGUACCGAAUAAAUGACGUUAGGCAUGCAUCCUUGCCAGGGUCUGUGUCGGAGUAGAUAAAAGAACACGGUGAAAACGUGGUUGUUACAUUGAUCGCCUCACAGGCAUAUUGUCGAAUAAAAUUCUGACUCGUGCAAGUCACUAGUCCUGAGAAUAAGACUGGCUUGGUGCCAAGGAUUGAGAUCGAUACA